AUGAAACCGAAAGACAACGAUAGGAAGAAGAAAAAGAGAGAUCAUGAGAUUGAUGAUGAUUCUGAUUCUGUUUCUGGUGGUGAUCCGCAAGCGGUUGUGCGAGACUUGCUGAAGGAGGUUCCGAAUAUCGGGUGCGAUUUGAAGCAGCUUCUGCAAUUGAUCGAUGGCGGCAAAGCGGUGGACAUAACCGGAAUAUCUCAGAAAUCUUUGAUCAAGCCUCUCAGAGCUCUGUUUCUUUGCUUGAAUCUUAAGGAACUAGAUCACGGAUCUUUUGUGUUGCCUCCACAUGUUCCUCCAACUUUGGAGGUUAUUGGGUCCAUGAUCACGCCUUGUUUAGAUGAUGAAGAUGAUGAUCAUGGUCCUCCUCCUCCUCCUGAGAGAAGGCCAAUUGGGCCGGAGAUGCCGACGCCGGAGCUACUUGCUGCUGUAGCCAAAUUGAGAGAGGCAGAGGCCGAGUUGAGGGAAGCUGAGUUGGAAGAAAAAGGUAAUCGGGUUUUUAUAGGACCUGCACCACGUGUUGUGGCUGCUGAAGGUGAAUCAGCUAGCCAGAGUGAUCGUUUCGAAGAGGUGACAAGGAUCAUGGAAGCAGAGGAUGAUAACCUGUAUGACAUAUUGGGAGCAAACCACAAUGUGUCUGCUGAUAACAUCAAGAAAAGGUACUGGAAGUUGUCGCUUUUGGUGCAUCCUGAUAAAUGCUCACACCCUCAAGCUAGCCAAGCAUUUGUGAAGCUGAACAAGGCGUUUAAGGAGUUACAGGAUCCGGAGAAGCGGAGAGCGCUGGAUGAGAAGAUUGAGCUCAAAGAGAAGCAGGAGAGAUUCAAAAAGAGAAACAUGGCAGGUGAUGUGAGUGUUGUUAAAUCGGCACGAAGAAGAGAUGAGUGGAUGACAGAGCUCCCACCGGAGAGGAAACAUGGUAUGAGUACAAUGCAAUCGACAAUGUUUAGCAGCAAUGCUAAAGAAGGGCGUGGAGAUACUGGUUGUUGGACUGAUGCUCCAUCUGAAAGAGCUCGGAAGGCUAAGAUGGAUUACUUAAAAGCCUAUAAUGAGUUUUCAUCGCUUGCUUCGAAUGAGGAGGAGAGGAAGAGGAGUUUAGAUGCAGAGUUGAUGGACAGAUGUAAUAAAGAGAAACGAUCGAAGUCAUUGUUACAAAAGCACAAAGAGGAGAUUAGAGCGAGCCGUUUGAAGAGGAAGCACUCCAAGCAACAGGUAGAGGAGGAAGACUGGGUGGGGAAACAUCCGUGGAAGCCUUGGGACCGUGAGAAGGAUUUGGCAGGUGGUAGACAAAGUGUGAAACUGGAUUCAGAAGACAUGACUCGAGGCACUCAUUUGAAAGUGGUGGACCACAAAGUUUGGGAUUCCCCUCGAAGGCAGAGGCAUUGAAGCUUUGGAGCUGAGUACUUGUUGGAAUUCCUCCUUCAAGAUUAUUGUAUGAGACAUUAAAAGAUGACAAGAAGUUGAGACUAGUCAAUGACAGUGGGAUUUUUCCAGACAAAUGAUUCAUGGAGAGGUCCAAAUUCUCCAAGUUUUUGAGGUCGGACAGUUGCUCUGGAAUGUUGCCGGAAAAGUUGUUAUUGCUAAGGCUCAAUGUACGAAGAAGCUGCAAUUGACCAAUCUCAGUAGGUAGACAACACUAACAGCAUAAUGGAUGGUGGCAGGCAGAAGUAACAUCU